ACCCUCUACAGACCCUCUCCUGGUUAAAGAACUGGCCUGAAGACCAGGUCCUGAGCAUCCAUCUGGACCAGACCAAUAGCAUGGAUGAGUCAAACCCGGGCACCUUGGCUGCUCACAUUAAGACAGAAGUUUGCAGUGAGGACUGUGGAGCAUCAGAAGCAGACUUUGAUCCAGCAGGCGGUGCUGACGCAGCGAGCAAUGGCCGACUGCACACUGAGCGCUCUGACACUGAUGACAGUGGAGACUACUGGAGGGAGGCCUCAGGACUGUGGCAGCCAGAGGAGUCAGGAGAGACAGAAGGGCAGAGUUCAGAGGGGAGGAGCUGCACUGGUCUGUCACACCAGCUCCCCCCGGUGUUCAGCUGUAAAGUCUGUGGUGAGGCCUUCCAGCAGAGGACUUAUCUCCUCACUCACACUUUGGCACAUCUGAGAGACUGUGGCGUGUGCGGGAAACAUCUGGAGCAUGGCGAGACCCUGAAGCUGCAUCUCAGAGUUCACAGAGAAUCAUCGUUCCACUGCAGCGUCUGCGGGCAGAGAUUCACCCUGAGGGACAACCUGAGGACGCACAUGAGGAUCCACUCAGGCGAGCGCCCAUACAGCUGCACUGUCUGCGGGAAGAGCUUUGGCAGGAGGGCCACACUGGUGCAACAUAUCCGCAGCCACAUGGGCGAGAAGCCGUUCAUUUGCACAUACUGCGGCCGUGGCUUCGUGGAGAAGGGCAACCUGACAGUGCACCUGCGGACGCACACUGGCGAGAGGCCAUACUGGUGCUCCCUGUGCGACCAAGUAAACAACUGUCAACGACGCUCAGAGAAAAGAUUUUUCCUGUUUUCUCCUCAGUCCUCGGUCCAAACUGCCUUUAAAAUGUCGAAAAUAGAGAUGCUGAGGGUCUUGAUCAACCAGCGGCUCACCGCGGCCGCAGAGGAGAUCUUCGGGGUGUUCGGUAGGACAAUAGCUGAGUACGAGGAGGAGCUCUCCCGCUCCAAGCUGGAGAUCGAACGCCAGCGCCGGCUGUUGGACCUCUCCACGAAGCCGCAGAUAUCUCUGCAGAUCAGCAGCACAGCUAUCUCCGAGCAGCGGGAGUGGCGCUCCGACCUGGAUGAAAUGAAGCCUCCUCACAUCAAAAAGGAGGAGGAGGAUCUGUGGCCAGCUCAGCAGGAGGAGUCGCCCCAGAUCACAGAGCAGAACGACGUUAAGUUUGUGUUGUUCCAGAGCGGCGAUGUGAGAAACGAGCAGGAGAACAACCACAUGACCUCCUCGCUCCCAUGCCAGGACCCAGGUGAUUCAGGGCUCGACCCCCACCUGGGGACCUCAGUCCAACAGACCUGCUCCGAUCUUGAUGAGGACGCUCCUGAAACUUCAGAUCCAGCUUCAGGUAAUGGCCAGCCCAACUGUGCCGAACUGGAAGCUCUGCUGUCUGAGGUGGUGGACUCGUACAUUUGCACCAUCUGCGGCCGAGCGUUUGCUCAGCGCGUCCACUGGACCAAGCACAUGCAGAUGCAUCGGAAAGUAGGGACCAAAGUUGACAAGUCAUACACGUGUGACAUUUGUGGGAAGAGACUCACACGGUUUGAUGGCUACCAGAAACACCUGCGGAUCCACACGGGCGAGAAGCCGUACUGCUGCGACGCCUGCGGCCGCAGAUUCAGUGACAACUCCAACUACAAACGGCACAUUCGCACACACAUGGGACCAAAAACACAGCAGAGCUUGGGCUGAAGAUACGUCGAGCUUCAUGUCGAACCUUCGUCUUAGCAAGAGACAAACAAACCACAGCUGGGACACGUCUUCGCUGACGUGGAUCGUCCUGAUGUUUCUGUCUCCAUUUUUGCCCCCAUCCACACUGAACUGCUGCUUUUGUCUGUGACAGUGCGGCUCACUGAAAAAUCUUUCCAGAGUGAAACAGACCUCAGCACAUCGGCAUUGCAUUUGAGAGUGGACACAGGAAACACCAGUUUAUAAGUCUGUGUUUUUUAGUGUAAGUGAGAAUCUGCUCUCACUUUGUCAUCUCAGACUCUCUGAGCUUCCACAUGAUGGUGAUCACACGAAUCCCCAGUUAGCUGCUUUUGUAACUUUUUACUGUUAUGACUGAUCAGGCUCCUGGUGUCACCCUCUAAAAUUGGUGAAUUCACUGAAUGAUCACAGCGAGUCAGAGGAGACAGAACAGACCCAGAGAAGAACCCAUUUUGUUCUGCCAUUAAACAGAAGAGAAGGAUAAUGGCAUUUCCCAGCAGUUUUCUUGCACCAACCUUUCAUUGUUUACAGAUAAACUGAUGAGAAGCUGUUGGCAUGUUAAUGGAUUUUUCAUAUUUAUUCAUGUUAAUAUGAGUAUCGGCCUCAGCGAGAAAGAAGAGACGUGCUGUAUUUUUAUAUAUAUUUAACAGACAUUUGUACACUGGAGGAAACAGUGUUGUCGCAGACUGGUGAAGCUUGUGUCCAGUAAAGAUCUUUUAGUUUUUUAAUGGUAACGAGUGCAGAGGUGUGCAGCACAAAAACCAUGGUUUUGAUUUAAGGCAGAAGAACAUGGAAACAAAGAAGUGUGCACUAGUGAUGUCCAAUUGACACCAUGACACCUAUAUCGAACCACUGCAUCAUUUGUAUCGAGUAUUGGUUCAUUCA